UAGGAAUAUAAAAUGCUCAUUAAUGUGUCUCUAAAAAUUUUUUUUCAACUAGCGAUAACUAUAAAGCGGAGCAAAUACAUAACAGCUAAAUUUUGAAGCGAGUGGUUCGAAUAAUACUAGCAACUUAUACAGAAUAUCUACUAGCCAUAUGCUAAUAAUGAAGACUCUGUGUGUUCUGCUUAUAGUUAUUGGAACUAUCUCGAUUGAUGCUCAUCUAGCGGAAGAAGAAUUUCCUCCCGCAUUCUUCCAUUUGAUCAGCAAAGUACGAAAACAUUGUCUAGAUUCAUUCCCAAUCAGCGAGACAGAACGUGAGAAUGCAAGAAUGGGAAACUUUGAUGACAAUGAUACAGAGAUGAAAAAAUACGUCACAUGCUUGUUCACGAAAUCCGGAUUCACGGAUAAAUCCCUACACAUGAAUAAAGCUCUACUCAAUGCCUUCAUACCAAAAGUACUCAAGGAAGGCAAUGGUGUUGAGAUGAUUAUUGAGUGCUCAGAUAAAGCAAGAGAAAAAUUGGCUGAUCAUCCAUUUGAAGAUAAGGUAUGGGAUAUGCUGAAGUGCAUGUACCAUGGAGAUCCUGUAUUAUUUUCAGCAUUUUAUCCUACCCUGACAUAUUCAACAAUCAGGAUAGUUAGGAGAAGAAGAAUGUUUUGAAGCGAAUAACAUACUCCGAUCUCUUGACCCACAUAUCCACAAAAAUAGGAUGUUGUCACAUCUUUUUCGAUUCUUGUAUAUAAAUUGCAUGAAUAAAUGUUAUGAAACACAUUGUUAUAUAUU